GCCCGGGCCUUGGUGGUUUAUCUUCGGAUCAUCUAUCGAUUGUGUUUGUUUUUACUAAUACGCAUUGUUUGUUUAUUUAUUACUCUUCGAGGAUGUACGCUCAUCUUCAAACGAAAAAGUUUGGAAGAACUGUAUUUAUUUUAUACCUCGUAACCGUGUGUCAGUGCCAAGUCACCACGUGGAACAUUAGGAAUCCAAACGAUAUCCUACCUUCACCAGGAUACAUCAGUACAGGCAGGACAAAAGAUAUUCCUGUACUACAGCCAUAUUCUCGAGCCCAACAAGCAAUAGAUCUUCAAGAUGUUUAUGGACCUCAUUUGCGAAGAGAAUGCCCGAUGAACCCUGAAAUUCUUGAUCCUUACAUCAUUGAAGCUACGCGGAAAGAGGUUAGUAGCUGCAGUGAUCAACCAAUAUCUUGUUAUUACGCCGAGUACAGCAAAUAUCGAACCAUUGAUGGCAGUUGCAACAAUCUCAGAAACCCCACAUGGGGGAAAUCAGACAUAUGCCUACGACGAGUUUUACCAUUCGAUUACGCAGACAGAAUAUCUUACCCCAGAAUUUCUUGCACGAAAAAGCCUUUGCCAAACCCAAGAGUGAUUUCAAAUGUGUUUCACAGAGAAAUACGACCCAAGUCCGAUCCUCUAACAACACAUUUUAUGGAAUGGGGACAGAUGUUGGCUCAUGAUUUGACACUCAACGAUUUAUUUAAGUCACCUGAGUCUGGAUACACUGCUCCCAUAGACUGCUGUAGUCAAGGGCCUCACAUCUCUGAUAUGUGCUACUCAUUCCCUGUUCCUCCUAAUGAUCCUUUUUACCCAAAAUUUGGAGUCUCGUGUAUCAAUCAAGUUCGAUCCAUGCCUUGCCAUCAAUGCAGUUCAACUAAAAGAAUACACUGGAACCAAAAUACAGCUUAUCAUGACUUGUCAUUGGUUUAUAGCAGUAAUGAAGAUGAAGCUUUGAAACUUCGAAGUGGAGUCCAGGGCAUGCUAGAUGUGGAAUACAAUCGAAAAUCUGGUCCCAUGCCGCCAACCGUUCGAGUCGAAGAUUUGUGCGUAUCUCCUCCACAAGAAAAGAGCUGCUAUAAAACAGGUGACAUGCGUGCGAAUCAGAAUCCCUUCUUGCUCACUGUUCAUACGUAUCUCUUACGUCAUCACAACUUCAUUUGUCAAGAAUUGCAUGCAAUUAAUCCGCACUGGGAUGACGAAAAGCUGUAUCAAGAAGCAAGACGGAUUAACAUUGCUCAGGCUCAGUUUAUUACCUAUGGCCAUUAUCUUCCAAAUGUUCUUGGAGAAAUUAUGGAAAAAGAAGGAAUUCACAUACUUCCUGGGGCAGAGUACACGAAAUACAGUCCCGAAUUGGAUGCCAGUAUUGCUGACGAGUACAGCGCAUGGGCAGCAAGAUACGGACAUACCCUGAUCCCUGGAAGAUUCUCUGAGAUCGACCCAAAGACUCUGACGACAGAACUAAUGCAACUGAGAGACAAUUACUUUACUCCUUUUGGAUUCCGUUAUGGACAGUUUGACAAAGUAGCCAAAGGAAUGACUGUUGAUCGAAAAAUGAAACAUGACGUGUUUUUAAGUGACGACAUUAGAAAUUACUUAUAUCGUAGGUUAUAUCUGAAUGAAACUACUGGAAAUGAUUUAGCUUCUGCUAGUAUCGUAAGAGGAAGAGACCACGGGAUACCUGGCUACACAUACUAUUUGUCUUACUUCUUCAACCUCACAACUCAUUCGUUCGACGAUUUGAGGAAAAUGCUUCCAGACAAGUCUGUGGACUUGUUGGAGGAGCUUUAUGAAUCUGUGCAUGACGUGGAUGUCUACUCAGCAGGUUUGGCUGAAUAUUACGUUCCAGGUGGGUUUGUAGGACCCACAUUCGGCGCUGUUCUUGGACAACAAUACAAAAGAGUUAAAUUUGGUGACCGAUAUUGGUUUGAACACGCAAAUCAAGCGGGAUCAUUUAAUCCAGAUCAGCUGCUAGAAAUUAAAAGAACGACCCUCGCAAGAAUACUUUGCGAAACUACAAGGAUUACAGAAAUUCAAAUGCAACCAUUCCGUCCUCCUUCUUCAAGCAACCCAAUAGUUCCAUGCGAAAAAAUACACAGGUUCAAUUUUCUGUUAUGGAAAGAAUAAAAUGCCAAAGCAAGAUAGGUUUCCUUGUUGUUGUCCAGAGUUCCGAAGUAGAAAUGUUGACUUUGAAAAAAGUUUGUAAUUUAUAUGAUGUGAAAAAGUUAGAGAAUUAGUUGUAUAAUUUAAUGAGAUUUAUAAAUACAUUUUCAAU